UGCACUUUUACUGAGCUUCCAUCGCUAUUUAGAUCUAGCUAAUCUCGUCUGAAGAAAUGUACUACAUUUAGUUUUGAGAUUAAAUGGUACUUUUUGGGUGUGUUUUAAAUACACAAACUAUUAUCGGGAGAAGCAUCUGUUUCUCGAUUUUGUCUGUUGUCUCAGGUUAAACCACACUGAGUGAAAUCUUGAUACAUAAAAGUAUAAUUACAGUUGAAUAAUAUAACAUGCUAUAAUAUGAUAUGAUUAUUGUCGUAAUAAUCAGACUUUUGUUCUUUUGUUCUACUAAGCUAUUCAUUCUCGACACCAGCUCAAUUUACAGAUAUAUCUUCAAACUCAAAGGGAAGUUAAAGAGAUGCUCUGGAAUUUGGCAAAUAAUUAGGGCUCUAUUCAAAUCACUUUAGCCAACAUCUGCAUAGUAGUUGUUUUAGCAGAACUGUGUUAGAGCUGUCAAAUCCACAAGUGGCUCCAUGCAGUAUACCUAAAGCGGAGUCACAUUAACAGAAAUCCUAUGUUUACAAGUUUGAACAAUGGAAUGUGAGAUGUAAUCUACACCUUGAUUGGGAUGAUAGAAAUCCUCAUUAUUUUGUUGAAUGAUUUUUCAAUGUGGGUCUAAUUAUUUCUAUAUAGCCUACACGUUCUUGCUCUGAACUUCUAAAGAAAGUGGGUCCGGUGUGGCUUCGUAACAACGCGCAAGAGCAGCUACUCACCAAAUUGACGGCUUCAAGGCAGUUCCACCACUGGCAUGCCAAAACAUCUGCUAUGCGGGUGUCUACUAUUGCCGGUUAAAGCUUGAUCUGAUUGAAUCUAGGCCUAAGUAUUUUCUAAAACCUUCCGCUUUGGGCUGGAUGUUUCUAUGUGUAGUUUAUACAUGCAUAAUCUAUCUACUUUCAGAUCUACUGGCUAAAACAUAUAUGAAAGUCCUGGAUCAUCUCUUUAAGUGAGAGAGGGUUCCUAACCCAUUUACAGUAAAUGGCCACGAAGGGUUUUCCAGUCAAGCAGUAACAUUUCACAGGGUAGUUAGAUGCAUCAUGGGAGUGGAUCAGAACUUAUCUACAGUAGUGGACCUGAACACAUCUAAUUUGACCAUGGAGUACAGCUCAGCCCGCUCAGUGGAACAGGUCCCUACAGAAUACCGCAUCGCAGGCCUGGUCUUCUACUGUGUCAUCUUCACCAUUGGCAUAGUGGUCAACGUCACCGCAUUAUGGGUAUUUGCCUUGACCACCAAGAGGAGGAACUCCGUCUCGGUCUACAUGAUCAACGUGGCCAUAGUGGACCUCGUCUUUAUCAUCCUUCUCCCCUUCCGGAUGGUUUACUAUGGCCAGGACUACUGGCCGUUCGGAGACAUCUUCUGUCGAGUCAGCGCGGCUCUGACUGUCUUCUACCCCUGCAUGGCCCUGUGGCUCUUCGCCCUGAUCAGCACUGACCGCUACGUGGCCAUCAUCCAGCCCAAACACAGCAAGGAGCUCAAGAACAUCCCCAAAGCCCUGGUAGCAUGCAUCGGAGUGUGGAUCAUGACCCUGGGUAGCACUGUCCCCUUGCUCUUCCCAGACCACGACCCGGAUCGCUCCUCCAACUUCACCACCUGCAUCAAGAUGCGUGACAUCAUCCACCUGCGAACGGACAACCCCGUCCACUUCACACGCCUGGCCUUCUUCUUCCUGGUGCCGACCUGUAUCAUGAUCGGUUGCUAUGUGGUCAUCGUGGAUAAUCUCGUCCACGGACGAACUUCCAAGCUCAAGCCCAAGGUCAAGCAGAAGUCCAUCAGGAUCAUCAUCACGCUCAUCGUCCAGGUGCUGGUGUGUUUCGUGCCCUUCCACGUUUGUUUGGUGGUUCUGUUGCUGGACGGUGGUGAUGGUUCGAACUACAGCACGUGGGGGGCCUUUACAACAUUCCUGAUGAACCUGAGUACAGUGCUGGAUAUUAUUCUUUACUACAUUGUCUCCAAGCAGUUCCAAGAUAGAGUGAUCAGUGUGAUUCUGUACAGGAACUACUUGCGUAGCGUACGGAGGAAGAGCAGACGCACACACACAGGGAGUGUGAGGUCGCUCAGUAACUUGACCAGCGCCAUGAUCUAAAGGCGGAAACCAAACUCAACUGUGCAAAAGAAGGUGACCCAGGGACUUAACAGAUGCAUACCUGACAGACAGAUGAGGGAGGACAAUACAUUUUUUUAUGAGCCUGGUCGUAUUUCUACAGCAUAUUGGAUGAUUGUCAUUCAUAUUCCAUUCCCCCAGCUCAAUGUAACAUCGAUAGGUUUCAGCUACUACAUGAUACUCACAUUUCCCUAUCAUGAGGUUGGUACAGCCUAGUCCAUGAAUUAAGUUUACAACCACAGGUCGAGAGAAAGAUUUGAGUUAUCAAGGUGGCAGACAGUGACACAUUCAAUACCGUCUUGCACACUCUUGCCCACAUCUAGCUGAUCUAUGGUGUAAUCGUUAAUCCAACAGUUGCAAACAAAAGUUGCAGGUAUGUUUUUCCCCAUUUCGUUCCGUUUGCUUCUGUUUAAGAAAUGUUUUUCAACAGAAUUGGCAGAAGGAAUAUACCCCUGAUCACACGCAAACACAGUUCACUUCACAGCAGCCACAUACAAACAGCAUGAGCACAACACAACACAUCAGCUGUCUGUGACCAGGCGAAAAAAUCUUCCCAAGCCAAAAUGUCAUAUCAUAACCGCUAACCGUUACACACAGCUACAUCGUUGUCACCAUAUUAGCUAACGUCAUAGUCAACAUAGCUACAACAACCAACAUGUUAGUAAACCCGCUACAAUCAUGCAGUAUGGUGUAAAGUCAGCAAACUUGCUUCUCCUUUAUUUUUAAAGAAAUUAAUGUGUUCAAAA